AUGGCUCAAAAAAAUCCUAAAGGUGGUGGUACACCAAUUGUAGGACAUGUCGAUAAUAAUGAUAUGUUUUUAAAACGAGCACUCGAAAAAAUAUUGAGUGAAAAAGACAUUAAAAAACCACAAUAUUUACAAUUGAAACGUUCAUGUGAAAUGGCGCUUGCUUCACUAACAAAAGAUACUCAAACUACAAAUAUACCAUCUAUUAGUGAAACAUAUUUUCUUCCGUUGGAAUUAGCCUGUGUAUCAAAUCAUGUUCGUAUGACUGAUACUGCACUCGAUUGUCUUCAAAAACUUCUUUUAAAUGGACAUUUAAUUGGUAAUAUUGUCGAUCCAAUUGAUUCAACAAAAUUAUUAAUUGAUCGUAUUGUAUCAAUAAUUUGUGCAUGUUUUCAUGGUGUACAAACUGAAGAAAAAGUUGAAUUACAAAUAAUAAAAAUUUGUUUAACAAUAAUGACAUCACAAACAAUUGAAAUUCAUCAACGUAGUGUUUUACAAAUUGUUAAAACAUGUUUUAAUAUUUAUUUAACAAGUCGAUCGAAAAUUAAUGAAGCAACAGCACAAGGUUGUCUUUCACAAAUACUCAAUGGAAUAUUUUCAAAAAUGGAACAAAAGAUGAGCUUAGUUAAUGAACGAAAAAAACAAGAAAUUAAUCAUAUAUCAUCGAAUGUUUAUGAUCAAGAUGAAAUUGUUAUUAAAGAAAUUCUUGAUGAACUUGUCGAAAAAAUUUGUUAUGAUGAAGCCACACUACAACAAACAAAUUCUUCGUUAACAACAAAUGAAAUUAUUGAGGAUAUUCAAUCAGCACAAGAAGAAAUUCAUGAUGGAAUAUCACGAAAUGAUAAAGAUCGUCAAUCUAUCGAUGAACAAUCAUCUAUAAAAACUAAUAUGUCAAAUUCAUUAUCAGCAGAUGAAUUAUCUGCUGAUAAUUAUUUUAAAAAUGCUUAUUAUGUAUUUCGUGCUUUAUGUAAAUUAUCUGAUCGUGAUAUCAAAGAUAAAGGAAAUAUAGAUCCAAGAAUUAAUUUGGAUCUUAAAUCUCGACUUUUUUCAUUACGUUUAAUAAUGCAAAUAUUACAAACAUCAGGUCCAGUUUUUCGUACAUCAGAAGAUUUUCUUCAAAUAAUAAAAACAAAUUUAUGUGUAUCAUUAUCACGUAAUGGUGUUUCAUCUAUUCCUGAAUUAUUUGAAAUGGCAUUAUUUAAUUUUGUUGAAUUACUUGAUAAAUUUAAAGCACAUUUAAAAAUUCAAAUUGAAGUAUUAUUUCGUGAAAUAUUUUUAACUAUACUUGAAACACCAACUAGUUCAUUUCGUCAUAAAUGGCUUGUUAUUCAAACAUUAGCAAAAGUUUCUGCAGAUGCUCAAAUUAUCGUGGAUUUAUUUAUCAAUUAUGAUUGUUCAAUGCGAUCAGCAAAUAUAUUUGAACGUCUAGUCGUUGUUCUAUCACGUGCAGCACAAGGUCGACAAGCUGUAGAACUAGGUUGUAAUUUAACAGAAGAACAUAAUCUACGAAUGAAAGGUCUUGAAUGUCUCGUAUCAAUAUUAAAAUGUAUGGUUGAAUGGAGCAAAGAUCUUUAUGUUAAUCCACAUUUACAAAGUAAUUUAGGACCAGAUUCUAAACCACUUAAUGAAAAUGGAUAUGAUCAGGAUAGUAAUCGUUCAUCAUCAGGUUAUGUUGGUAGUGGAAUGCAUCGUACAGAUUCUAGUGGUUCAAUAAAUUCGUCUCAAUCAUCAGAAAAUAUUAAUGAUUUUGAAUUAGUUCGUCAGCGUAAAGAAUUAUUUGAAAAAGGAAUUGAUUUAUUUAAUCAACAUGCUAAAAAAGGCCUGGCAUAUUUAUGUGAAAAAAAUCUUUUAAAUAAUGAACCAGAAGAAAUUGCACAAUUUUUUCAUUCAUAUCAAGAUGUAUUAGAUAAAACAGUUAUUGGAGAUUGUUUGGGUGAAGAAGCUACACAUCAUAAAAAAAUUAUGUAUGCAUAUAUAGAUCAACUUGAUUUUACGGAUAUGGAAUUUUUAGCAGCAUUAAGACAAUUUCUUGCCGGAUUUCGUUUACCUGGUGAAGCACAAAAAAUUGAUAGAUUAAUGGAAAAAUUUGCUGGAAGAUUUUGUGAAUGUAAUACAAAUUUGGAAAUUUUUGCCAGUGCUGAUGCUGCUUAUGUCUUAGCUUAUUCAGUAAUCAUGCUUACAACAGAUUUACAUAGUGUCAAUGUAAAGAAAAAAAUGACUAAAGAACAAUAUAUAAAAAUGAACCGUGGUAUAAAUGAUAGUCGUGAUUUACCUGAAGAAUUUUUAUCAAAAAUUUAUGAUGAAAUUAAAAAUGAAGAAAUUAAACUUAAAGUAACAUCAGUAAAACGUGGAACAAAAGAAAAUAUUAUUAAUGAUAAACAACGAGAGUUAUUAUUUAAUGUUCAAAUGAAAGAUGUUGAAUUAAUUGCAAGAGAUUUAAUGUCAAAUGCUGGUACAAUAAGUGAAGAAUUUACGAUUGCAAAACAUCUUGAACAUGUUCGACCAAUGUUUCAAAAAGCAUGGUCACCAUGCUUAGCAGCAUUUAGUGUUAAUCUUCAAGAUAGUCAUCAUAUUGAUCUUAUAAAUUUAUGUUUAACUGGUAUUAGUUAUGCUAUUCGUAUAGCUUGUAUUUUUCAUAUGGAGCUUGAACGUAAUGCAUUUAUUCAAGCAUUAUCACGUUUUACAUUCCUUAUGACAACAUCACAAGGUAUGGAAAUCAAAGCAAAGAAUGUUGAAUGCCUGAAAGCAUUAAUAUCAAUUGCCCAAACUGAUGGAAAUUAUCUUGGUGAAGCUUGGUAUGAUAUUUUAAAAUGUAUUAGUCAAUUAGAAUUAGCACAAUUAUUUGGUAUUAAUGAUAAUAAAGCAAGAUUGUCGGGUAAAAAUAGUCAUCAUCAUUAUGAUAAUCAUUCGCAUUUACCAACACAUAAUACAUCAACGACAUUUAGUUUACCAUUUGAUAAUCUUUUUAAUACCGAAAAAAGUCAAUUAAACAAACGUUUGCAAUCAAUGCAAGAUCAAAUUCAUAUAACAACUACUCAAAAUAUUGUCGUUGCUGUUGAUCGUAUUUUCUCUGGAUCAGCACGAUUAGAUGGUGAUGCUAUUGUAUCGUUUGUUCAAAGUUUAUGUCAUGUAUCGAUGGAUGAAUUAUAUUCUACACCUCCUCGAAUGUUUAGUUUAUUAAAAGUUAUUGAAAUAUCAUAUUAUAAUAUGGGACGUAUUCGACUUCAAUGGUCACGAAUAUGGGAAAUUGUUGGUGAACAUUUUAAUAAAGCUGCUUGUCAUCCAUCACAAGAUGUGUGUUUUUUCGCAGUUGAUUCUUUACGACAAUUAUCAAUGAAAUUUCUUGAAAAAGGCGAAUUUCCAAAUUUUCGUUUUCAAAAAGAAUUUCUUAAACCAUUUGAAAUAAUUAUGAAAAAAAAUUCAUCAAUAAUUAUACGUGAUAUGGUUGUUCGUUGUAUAACACAUUUUGUUGAUGCACAAGCAAAAAAUAUUCGUUCAGGUUGGAAAAAUAUUUUUAGCGUUUUUCAAAUGGCUGCAACAGAUACAGAUGUACAAAUUGUUGAAUUAGCUUUUCAAUCGUGUACACUUAUUAUUGGUGUUGUAUUUGAUCGUAAUUUUUCAUCAAUACUUGAUAGUUUUCAAGAUGCUGUUAAAUGUUUAUCAGAAUUUGCUUGUAAUGUUUCAUUUCCCGAUACAUCAAUGGAAGCAAUUCGAUUAAUUAGACAAUGUGCAAAAUAUGUUGCAGAAAAACCACAGAUUUUUUGUGAACAUGCAGGAGAAGACUUAAUUAACGUACCUGAAGAAGAUCGUGUUUGGGUUAAAGGAUGGUUUCCGAUUUUAUUUGAAUUAUCUUGUAUUAUUAGUCGAUGUAAACUCGAUGUUAGAACAAGAGCAUUAACAGUUAUGUUUGAAAUAAUGAAAAGUUAUGGCGAAGCAUUUACUCAUAAUUGGUGGAUUGAAUUAUUUAAUAUUGUUUUUCGUAUUUUUGAUAAUAUGAAACUACCAGAUACACAAAUAGAAAAAAUUGAAUGGAUGACAACAACAUGUAAUCAUGCAUUAUAUGCCAUUGUGGAUGUAUGUUCACAAUUUUAUGAUGAUAUACCUGAAUCACUUGUUAUUGAUUUAUAUUCUCAAUUAAAAUGGUGUGUUAAUCAAGAUAAUGAACAGUUAGCAAAAUCAGGAACGAAUUGUUUAGAAAAUUUUGUUAUUGGUUGUGGUCAACGUUUUACACCCGAUAUUUGGCAAAGAACAUGUACUUGUAUAUUAGAAGUUUUUCGUUCAACUGUACCAGAAAUGUUAUUAACAUGGCGACCCGAUGCUGAACAAUCAGGAAUGGGAAUAAUUAAUGAAACAGUUAUGCUUGAUCGUACAGAUAGUUCAUUUGAUUAUGCAGCAGUUGAGUCUGCAUCAAGUCAACAGCAUCGUUUGGCACGAGUUAGUAGUAUAGCUAGUGUAAAUAGUAAUUUAUUGGAUCAUCAAGAACCUAAUUUAAAUCAUCGACGAUCAAGUAGUUCACUUAGCGAACGAACAAAAUUAAAUUCAGAUUUUGCUCUUUUUCAAGCAUUAACAGUUAAAUCUCUUGUGCAAAUCGAACUUAUUCAAGCCAUUGAUAAUAUUAUUUUUUAUCCAUCAACUAGCAGAAAAGAAGAUUCGCAAUAUCACUCUGUAGCACGUGCUUUAGCAAAUACAACGAUUGGACAAGAAACAUCGGAUUAUUUUUCUCAAUCGGAUGAUAUCUAUAAUGAACAUGGCAUGUAUAAUUAUAUGAGUUUUGAUCAAUUAAUAUUACUUGUCGAUUGUUUAAUUGAGUCACAUAUGUUUGCUCGUGCAUUUAAUUCUAAUAAUGAACAAAGAAAUUUUCUAUGGAAAGCUGGAUAUCGAGGCAAAGCAAAACCAAAUUUAUUAGUACAAGAAACAAAUAGUAUUGCUUGUGCAUUCCGUAUUCUUUUCCGCUUAUACAGUGAUCAAAAACAUAUUAAUUCAAAUGAUUUACUCAAACAUCGAAUACUUAAAUUGACUCGUGAUAGUUUGGAAUAUUAUUUAACAUUACAAUCUGAAACUCAUCGUGAUGCAUGGACAAAUGUUCUUAUACUUGUAUUAACAAAAUUAUUAAAACUUAAUGAAGAACGAUUUAAAUAUUAUUCAAAAGGAAUUUAUUUACUGAUUGGUGAAAUAGUUGUAUUUGAUUUAAAAUCAGAAUUACGAUACAUAUUACGAGAAUUUUUACUUCGGAUUGGUCGUGUAUUCGAUUUAAACAGUGAUUGA